GGCCUUGGGAUCAAGGAUCAGUUGGCUGAAGACGGAAAUCCAGGGUUUGCUUACCAUUGUGUUCUUUUUAAUAUCUGACUGGUCUGAACUUCUACAUACUUCUGUAGUUGUAAGCGCUGUAAGCGAUCAUUCUUAAAGAAUAUAGGAAUUUUGAUAGAGAAAUUAUUCUUUAUACAAAGUACAGAUGAUGCUUGACAAGCUGCACUUCAUCACGCACUUUGGUUCGGUUACUUGAUCGGAAAGGUUGUUUCGCUUGAAGAAACUGACUGCAUCAGUUGAAAGCUUGUUUAUCGCCAGCUAAUUAUUUUCACAAUUCCCCAUUCCCGUCCCGACUCGAAACUUAUUGCCUGACUCACUGCCAAACAGCAAAUGAUUGAGAUCACAUUCAAGCCAAAAGGCUUCCAGCUAUCUAGAUGCAACAGGAAAUAGGGCCAGACAGCAAAUAGAGAUUUAGGAAAAUAUAUAUCUAGUGCCCCGCUAUCUCAGUGUAUAAAUUGAAUCACUGUCUAGUUGCCGGGGACCAGUUUCCGAAAUGGAUCAUCUGCAGCGGGUCGGCAUUCAGCAGUUGGGAGAUCUGAAGGCUGUUUUCACCCGGGAAUGGCCAAAGUACUGCAAGGAGUAUUAUUGCUUGGAUACUUUUCUGGAGCUCCAUAAGAAGGACGAUCAACUGAAGGAAGUGCAGGUGUAUGCUCUUCACAAUCUAGAACUCGGAUUAUUCGUGAUUGUGGAUCAUUAUCAGAUAUUUCUUGGCGUCCUGGAGGCUGAAAAAUCAGAACGCCUUCUCAAGGAGUCCUUACUGAAACUUAACCUCUGUGGAGGCGAACAAUUCGCUUCAAUGCCAAAAAGGUAUUUCAAUGUUGCCAACGACAUUAUUCAAGCGAAGAACUUGAAAAUAAACCUAGACAGUGUUACCCUUUCCCUGGUUUUAAGCAAAGAGGAAGCCCUGCUUUUCCAACUUGAACCUCCAGCCGGGUUUUCCCUUCAGCCUGUAGACAUAAAGGAUGCCCAAGUGAUCAAUGAUCACUGGGAAUGGAGUGAGCCGGAUUCCCUCUCCCUGAUCCACCGCCAAAUUCUGUAUGACACCAGUGUGGGCUUGUACACGAAGGAAACCAAAGAGCUCGUGGCCUGGUGCAUUAGGGCUUCAGAUGGCUUAUUGGCAAUCCUUAAAGUCAAGGAGUCCUACAAACGCAGGGGCUUCGGCCAACUGAUUGUGAAGGCAUUUUCCAGACAAGAGGCUCUGCUGGGACGCGAUACAAUCACCGAAGUUGUUCCUGAGAACGAGGCAUCCUUGAGCCUUUUCACCAAACUAGGCUUCAAAGUCAACGACCAGUGUCAUUGGCUGAUAACGGAGCCCUCAAAAGGGGAUUGAUUAGGUUAAGGGCUUGCUUGCCUGUAAAUGUAUUUUUGUUGUAGAUGAAACUAAUAAAGAUGAUUAAUAGCCUA